AUGUGCCACUAAUAAGAAACCGGAGCGUCGUUGAGGACGCAGGAGAGGAGGGCAGAAGCGGGGAAGACGGGGACAAAAAACGACUAGAAAUGCGAUAAAAAAGUAGAGAAGGAGGAGAAAAGGGGCGACAAAUAGCCAACACGUUAAUGGAAGGAUUAUAAUCCACAACUGGAGGGAUUUUUGACGCUCCCCAUGCGGAGAUUUAAGCUCGGCUAACCAUGCAGGGACUGCUGCUGCUUCUGAGUUUGGCGUUGAGUUUUCACAGAGUGCGGACAGCACGGUUCUCUCAGGAGCCUGCCGACCAGUCAGUGGUUUUGGGCCAAAGGGUGGUCCUAUCCUGCGUGGUCUUUAACUAUUCGGGCAUUGUGCAGUGGACCAAGGAUGGACUGGCCUUAGGCAUCGGAGAAGACCUUCGGGCCUGGCCAAGGUAUCGUGUAUUAAGGCUGGUGGAUGUUGGCCAGUAUAAUUUGGAGAUCUCCGCUGCAGAACUCUCCGAUGACUCUCAAUAUGAAUGUCAGGCAACUGAGGCGGCGCUGCGCUCCCGUCGGGCCAAACUUACCGUUCUUAUUCCUCCCGAUGAUCCGGUAAUUGAAGGGUCCCCAGAGAUCCUACUCACAGCAGGAGUCCCCUACAACAUGAGCUGCAUGUCCCGUGGAGCCAAACCCGCCUCCGUUAUAGAGUGGCAGAAAGACGGGCUGCCGAUAGAUGGGGCCUUUAGCACCAGGGAGCUGCUCUCAGACAGAAAACGUGUGACUACACGAAGCUUCCUGCCUGUUCUUCCCAUAGAUACAGAUACAGGCAAGAACUUUACCUGUGUGGCCACCAACCUGGCCGUGCCCAUGGGCAAACGGGCCACCAUCACCCUCAACGUACACCAUCCACCGGUGGUGACGUUAUCCAUUGAGCCUCGCUCUGUACUGGAGGGAGAAAGAGUGACCUUCACAUGCCAAGCUACGGCAAAUCCACCUAUUAUGGGCUACAAGUGGGCAAAGGGAGGGGUGGUCAUACAGGGUGCAAGAGAGAGUGUAUUCGUCACCAAAGCUGACCACUCAUUCUUCACCGAGCCUGUGUCCUGUCAAGUGUUCAAUGCUGUGGGCAGCACCAACGUCAGCAUACUAGUCGACGUCCACUUUGGUCCUAUCUUGGUGGUUGAGCCUAAACCGGUAACAGUGGAUCUAGAUUCAGAUGUUACUUUAAACUGCAAGUGGGCUGGAAAUCCUCCUCUCACACUUACAUGGACAAAAAAGGGUUCAAGCAUGGUGUUGAGUAAUAAUAACCAGCUUUAUCUGAAGUCAGUAAGUCAAGCUGAUGCUGGUCAGUAUGUCUGUAAGGCCAUUGUGCCCAGGAUCGGAGUGGGAGAGACAGAAGUCACACUCACUGUUAAUGGACCACCUAUUAUCUCAAGUGAACCAGUCCAGUAUGCAGUUCGAGGAGAAAGGGGAGAAGUCAAGUGUUUUAUUGCCAGCACCCCUCCCCCAGACAAAAUUGUGUGGGCCUGGAAGGAGAAUGUGUGGGAAAAGGAGAAAGGGACCCUGUCCGAGCGAUACACAGUGGAACAAAGCAAACUGACCACUCAGGGUGGAGCGGUUCUGUCCACAUUAAGCAUCAACAACGUCAUGGAGUCAGACUUUCAGUCUACAUACAACUGCACUGCAUGGAAUUCAUUCGGACCUGGGACCAUGAUCAUCAUGCUGGAAGAGGCUACAGAAAUAGUGCCAGUGGGAAUUAUUGCAGGUGGCACUGUAGGCUGUUUCAUUCUGCUUCUCCUGUGUUUACUAGCACUUGUGCUGUUUCUAUACAGGCAACGCAAAGGAAGUCGUCGAGGGGUCACACUCGGUAAGCCAGAUAUCAAGGUAGAGACCAUAAACAAAGAGACCCACAGCCUGGAGGAAGACUCGGCCAGCGUCUCCACGGCGACACGCAUGGUUAAAGCCAUGUACUCUUUUUUACCUUCUGUGACCCUCUCUCCUUCCUCCCAGCCUUUUAAAGAUGACAUAGACCUCAAACAGGAGCUGCGCAGUGACACGCUGGACACACGCCAGGACUAUGAGCUCAAGGACCCAACAAACGGCUACUACAACGUGCGAGCUUCCACACAUGAUGAGGGACGUCCAGCCUCCCGAUCCAUGCACUACUCAGACUAUCGCACCUCGACCCAGCCAGGGGGCGCUGCAGUUGUAAGCAGCAGCUCAGGAGCUCCUGGAGCAACUGCAGGUCCAGGAACACCGAGCAGCUUGGCCCCAGGGUCGCGAGUGGGCUGCUAUGAUCCACGCCCCCCCUCCAGACUCUCGCACAACAGCUACGCCCAGUUUAACACCUUCACCCGCCCGGGGCAGUCUCAGCAGCCCCCACCCAGUUCCGGUCCGCAGACUAGCGACUUUCCCCCUGACUGCAGCCUCUUGGACUCUACCCCUCAGCUAGGAUACGAAAAUUACGGCUACCCGUCACACUAUCCGACUUUUCGGAUGGGUUUCGCUCCACCCAGCCUCGCCCCGUUGGAAGGUGGGCCGGCGUACGAGAUGUACGGCGUGGGGCCGAGCGUAGGAGCUGGAGGCAGUACAGGAACCCCGGAGACUGGACUCGGGAAAUACGGAAGUUCCACGCGGUUCUCCUACACUUCCCAGCAUUCCGAUUAUUCCCACCGACACACACAGAGGAUGCAAACACACGUGUAAGGGAGAAGUGUCACGAUUUCAUAACGUCGAUAAGUUACGGUAUGCCCGGGUCGGCCAUAUAAGUACACACACUCACGGUCACGCGUACACAGAUACACAGAUAAUGAACGAACAUGGAGGGCGAAUGAAACUGAUAACGUUUAGCGUUAACAGAGAUGAAGAAAUGAGAAUGGGAAAUAAUUUUUUCAGUCUUUGCGUUUGUUUCCCAGCUCCAGGAGCUGAUAGCGAAAGUCACAAUCAGGAGAGAUUGGAGUCAAAGAAAAGAUCAAAGAUCUUUAUAAAGUUUGAUAAAUUGCGAAUGCUCUGAAAAAGCAUUAUUAAACAGUAAUUCAUGAGAAAUGAAGGGCGCCUGUUAGGCUAAUAGUCUGACAGUUGUUGUUGGUUUUUUUCCAGAGAUGAUCAUGUGAUAUACAUGUAUGAAAUCUCUUGAAUGGCUUCUUCAAUUUCUCCCCUUAUGCUUAUGACAGCCAAAACAUAACAUUUUAUGACAAACUGCACAAUGUACAGCGGCGUCCAAAAGUCCAAAACCAUUAACAUGCUGUCAUUACAGCAAAAGAGGGACAUUUACAAUACAAAGAACUUCAUUUUUGAGUGCAACUUUGUUAUGCUGACAAUAUUUGUAAUGAAAAGAGUCUAGUCUACGUAUCCCAACCAUCUUCAUGAGUUUGACAAGGAAAAUGAAGAGCACAUGAGCUACAGGAGUAGUCAAUACUCUUGGUAACCAAAGCAUAUGGAGGUGUUUCAUGACAAAAGCAUUUACUCUUAUCGAUCCACGUCAAUCAGCAUCUAGCCGGAUGUCCGGCUUGCUGAGCUACCUCGAUAAACAGGUUCCUAACCUUACAAUGUUAGAAUAAUCCAUUAGCGGGGCAGCAAGGUUCUCGAUCCUCCCCAAGGAAAGAGGCAAAUCCGACCCGAUUUAGUAAAGCACUUUCUUAAAUUGCAAUAAAACACAUUACCCUUUAAAUUUCAAAACGUUAUGACGGAGACCACUUGAGGAAGCCACUUAACAGUUUUCAGACAUGGUCGAUGACAGCCAUUUAGUUUGCUAUCGUACAACUAGAACAAUGAAUUAUAUAUAAAACGAUAUAUAUAUAUAUAUACAUAUACAAGAAUGCCCCACUCUUUUCCAUGGUGCUUUUGUAGUGGGGCCAUUGUUUGCACUGCAUUCCAGUAUUCUAGCUUAGAUUUCCCUCAUAAUCGAUAUGUAAUCUCUCAUUUGCACACUAGGCUAGAGCAUAUGUUUCGAAUAUUACCGAAAAUCUUUUUGCUUCAUAUUUCUGUAAGUGAUUCUGGACCAAAGGUUCAACGUUAGAGUAUCAGUCUUUAUUUAGGUGAUAUUCACCUCAACGAACAAGAAAAUAUGCAGAUUUGUUUGUUAUUGUUGUUUGCGAAUUUAUUAGGUCGCCAGAGGGUUGGGAAUGACAGAUGUAUGAUCCAGCCUUAGGUAACUCCGAACUCACCCUUACUGAUCUGAGAUCAGGCUGCUAUCACAUUCGUCUUAAAGAGAUGAUGAGGAUCAAAUCGGAAAGAAUUAUUUGAGAGUGUCUGGGAGUGAAUUAUGUCUUGUAACCCAAAUGCAUUCAAGAUUGCAGGCUCUUUCAAUCACUUACUCACACAAACACACACCUGAUAUUUGUGCCAAACGCAGACAAACUAACUUGUGAGUAUUUUCCGCCAAUUAAAAAAAAAUAAUACUACCUUAUGGGGACCAGAGAUGGUCUUUGGCUACGAACUGUUUUCAACAGAUUUUGAAGGAUGCCAUUAUUAAAGCAAUGAGGAUCAUCAGAACAAGAGGAUGAAGACAAUCUCUCACAAGUAGUUCUUGGAACAGUGAGGUCACAACGACUAGUUUUUGUCUUCGUCUGCAUUUCGAUACUUUGUAAACAAAUGAGCCCUGUAAAUACUUUCCAGUGUGUAAUUCCAACUUAAAGUAUUAUUUUACUUCAUCCGAUGUGAUGCACUCUUUAAAUGCAGUAUUGUUAUGUUUUCAAUUGUGCAAAGAUAAUGGACAAACAUCAUGGAGGUACUUUCGGACUCGGUACGGUACAAAGAGUGGCGCGUAGCUCGGCUGAGUGCAGGCAAGAGCGAUUCAGAGGUAUCCAAAAACUGACUGAGCUGCCAAUCACUCAGCCUUGAUACUGGAUGUUUAUUACGUGUGUGAUGGCAGGGGAGAAUCCUGUGGCGCAACCCACCGGACAGUAUUUGCAUCCCCCCCAUCUAAGAACUUGAAAGAAACAUGAAGGGGUACAUAAACUUCAAAAAGAGUGGCCUUAGGAAACAUGACUUUUAUAUUCCCUCACUUUAUAAACCGGCUAAAGGCCAGAGCAGUGUGUGUAGAGUUUCAAACAAGAUAUGUGAGUUUUGUGUGAAUGAGCGAGCGAGUGAGCGCGUGUGUGAAUGCAAAUGAGUGAGUAUAUGAAAAUCUUUAUGUAAUCUGUUCAUUUACUUAUCUCACGUUUCCUGCUCCAAUACUUUUCUUCUGCUGGUAGGAGUGUGUAUCCUGUAUAAUUGUGUCUUAGAAAAUAAACGUUGACCUUACUGUACUGUUCUUGGUAGCUGAAAAAUGAUGACAGAUGUACAACAAAAGUUAUUGUUUUUUAUUUCCUUUUGAUUUUUUCCCCAAUAUUUUUUAAAAAUGUUACGUAAUUAUUUUUUCACAGUAUAUCAGAAAUAAAAGCACUGUUUUUCUAAGAAUCAA